AUGCAGCGGAAGUGGCGGUACUCCUUCCUGCUGGGUGACGUGGGCGCUCUGAUCUUCCAGGACUUUGAUGAAGACUGGCGGAAUGGUAAUGGCAACCCAUGCGUGAACCUUUGGAACUUCCAGUUGGAGAUUCAGGCCUUCACGCUGACGACGUCUGUACUUUGCCUGCCGCACGGGGCUAUGCUGGCUACGGUCGCGGCGAUCGUUGCUUUCGGCUUCAACAGCACGUCGCCGAAUGUUGGUGCCUGGUGGGUCCACCAUGCGCGCGGGGUUGCGCUGCAGGUGCUGUUUCUCCGGCUGUGUGGGCUCCCACGCAGUUCCGUUCCUGCUACUGCCCAGAACUUGCGCUGGCCAGGGCUGCUGAUGGUGCUGCUCGCUUUGGCACUCUUCGGCGCGUCGCGCGGGCA